UUGUGGCGCUGGGCGCAGCGUGUAGCAGUAUCCUCUUGAGCUGCUCGGACAUGGCGGUGCUAGUGUGCCGGCUGUUGCGCUGCUCCGUGUGGAGAGGGGCCGCCUCUGCUGCCUACAGCACGGCCAGGGAUGGCGGGGCUGCUCCUCCAUCCUCCCAGGUACCCCCGGUGCCAGCCUCACCCUCUCCCAGUGCCCCCACCCCUCCACAGCCCCAUCUGCAUCCCUCCGGCGCUCCGAACGUGGGGCGACGCUUCGCGUCCUCCGCCACCGCUCCCAAAAUCGACAACAAGAGCUUCCUGUGGUCUCGCUAUGGGGAGAUGAAGAAGCUGGUGCAAGAUCUGUUACCUCCGGGAGUGUGUAACCUCCUAAAUUCAUCUACCAUCUAUGCUAACAAUGAAGUCUGUCUGAACGACAUAGAAAUCUAUGGCUUUGACUAUGAUUACACAUUGGCACUAUACUCCAAUGCUCUGCACUCCAUGAUCUUCGACACUGCCCGGAACUUCUUGGUAGAGCAGUACAAAUACCCAGCAGGAAUCCUGGAGUACGAGUAUCUGCCCAACUUUGCUGUACGGGGCCUGCACUAUGACAUCAAUAAGGGCCUCCUGAUGAAGAUAGAUGCGUAUCAUUACAUAGAACUGGGCACAGCAUACAGGGGCCUGAAGCCGGUCCCAGAUGAGGAGGUGAUGGAGCUCUACCAGGGAACACACCACAUCCCACUUCACCAGGUCAGCGGGUUCUACGGCAAGGGUCCUGCUGUCAAACAGUUCAUGGACAUUUUCUCUCUGCCCGAGAUGACACUUCUGGCUGUGGCCAAUGAUUUCUUCAUUUCCAAAGACAUCGAUUAUGAUCCUGUCCAUCUGUACAAGGAUGUCACGGAUGCAAUCAGAGAUGUCCAUGUUAAAGGCUUUAUGUACAAAUGGAUCAUGUCAGAUCUUGAGAAAUACAUUCUACGUGGGGACGAGACCUAUGCUGUUCUGCACCGUCUGGCUAGCCAUGGAAAAAAACUUUUCCUCAUCACCAACAGUCCUUUUAGUUUUGUAGACAAAGGAAUGAAAUACAUGGUGGGCAAGGACUGGAGGGACUUUUUUGAUGUGGUCAUCGUUCAAGCAGACAAACCUCAUUUCUUCAAUGAUUGCAUCAAGCCCUUUCGUCGGGUGGAUGGAAAUGGAGACUUGAAAUGGGAUAGGAUUACGAGCCUGGAGAAGGGACAAGUCUACAAACAGGGAAACUUAUUUGACUUCCUUCGUUUGACUGGUUGGAGAGGUUCUAAAGUGUUGUAUUUUGGGGACCACCUAUAUAGUGACCUUGCAGAUUUGAUGCUGCGUCAUGGUUGGAGGACAGGGGCCAUUGUGCCGGAGUUGGAGAGUGAAACAAAAAUUGUUAACACUGAGCAGUACUCUCAGUCCCUGACUUGGAUGCAGGCUCUGACUGGCCUGCUGGAGCGUAUGCAGAAUUUCCGUGAUCCGGAGUCGCAGCAGAUUCUACAAGACUGGAUGAGGGAAAGACAAGAGCUCAGGGCAGUGACCAAGAACCUCUUCAACCCUCAGUUUGGUAGUAUUUUCCGCACCUGCCACAACCCCACCUACUUCUCCCGCCGCCUUUGCCGUUUCUCUGAUCUCUACAUGGCCUCUAUCAGCUGCCUCCUGAACUACGACUUAACCUAUAACUUCUUCCCCCGCCGCACCCCACUGCAGCAUGAGGCACCUCUGUGGAUGGAUCAGCUCUGCACUGGAUGCAUGAAAACGCCAUUUUUGGAAGAAAUGGCCCACAUCCGUUAAACAAGCUGCGCCUUCUUAUCUAGACUUAAGACCUAGACCUAAAACUUGAUUUUUUUUUUAUUUUCUUGUAAAAAAAAGUGCUCUUUGCACAUUGGGGAGCAGUGUUUUCCAGGCCAGAUGUGGACAGUUAAAUCAUCUGUGCUUGUUUUAAAUAAGCUGGGUAACAGGGUGUACUAAAAA